UAUGGCAGAGAAGGUGGUGGGAUGGGCUGUGAGUCGUCAUUUGCAGAAUGAUGGUGAGCCAGUCUUAUUCAAUGGAAGACUGGUUAUAACAGCAUAAAGCAUGCAACAAAGCCUUACAGAGCUACUAUCUGUGCAAAGAGCUUCACCAAUGAAAAAAUCAUUGAAGGAUGUUACUUGUGACAAUGAUUUUGAGAAAAUACUCCUCUCUGAAGUUAUACCUCCUGAUGAACUGGGAGUUACUUUUGAUAGUAUUGGGGCACUCGAUAAUGUUAAGGAAGCACUUAGGGAGCUCGUUAUGCUUCCAUUGCAGCGGCCUGAGCUUUUUACAAAAGGACAAUUACGAAAGCCUUGCAGAGGAUUGCUCCUCUUUGGCCCUCCUGGAACUGGAAAAACGAUGCUUGCAAAGGCUGUAGCCACGGAAGCAGGAGCAAAUUUUAUUAAUAUCUCAAUGUCAACAAUUACAUCAAAGUGGUUUGGUGAAGCAGAAAAGUAUGUCAAAGCAGUAUUCACUUUGGCUAACAAGAUAGCCCCAAGUGUAAUAUUUAUUGACGAGGUGGACAGUAUGCUUGGAAGAAGAGGGAAGGACUCAAAACAUUCAGCUAUGCGUAAGCUAAAGAAUGAAUUUAUGGCUAGUUGGGACGGUCUUCGAACUCGGGAUAAGGAACGAGUACUGGUUCUAGCAGCUACAAAUCGACCUUUUGAUCUUGAUGAGGCAGUUAUCAGAAGGUUUCCAAGGAGGUUAAUGGUUGAUCUUCCUAAUAUUGAGAAUCGAUCUAAAAUUCUUAAGGUUAUCCUUGUGAAUGAAGACUUGGCACCAGAAUUUAAUAUGGAAGAAUUGGUUGCUGUUACUGAUGGAUAUUCAGGAAGUGACUUGAAGGUAGUCUUUGUUGACAGAUCUUCUUAUAGUUUGGUGCUUUCUGGGGAAUAUCAUUUCUGAUCAAAAUUUAUAUGAGUUUGUGUACAACUGUUGCAUAUGAACGGAUACGUGAGCUAUUAGAUCAAGAAUCUAAGGAGAGAGAGAGAGCAAAAUCUGAAGGACGUCUACCUCCUCCAACCACUAAAACACCAGAACUGCGGCCCAUAAGCAUGGAUGAUAUGCGCAAAGCUAUGGAAAAGGUUUGUUCCAGUGUCUCUGCAGAUGCAAGAAGCAUUCUCGAAUUGCGGCAGUGGAAUGAUGAAUAUGGAGAAGGGGAAUAGAAGAAGGUGAUGACAUUAAGUUAUUUCAUGUGAAGUUGACUACAUCCUGUAAGAGAUGCUAGGUAAUCAGGAAGAUAAAUCAGAGAACAUGAUAUUAAGAAUGUUCGGCUGGAGAUCUCAUAAAAUAUUAUAAGAGAUUAUUUGCAAUUA